AUGUUUAUUGUUACUUUUUCUCUCUUUCAUUUAAUUUUCUGUUCUACAAUUUAUUCUAACAAACCAUUAUAUCGGAUAUCAGUAACUCAGCUGCUGGCAGAUCACAGAAAAGUAACAAAGAUGCCUAGUGUGACUACAACAAGUACUGUCAGUCCAUCAGGAGUUCGUUUAAUACGUAAAACUUCAUGUACUGGUACCAAUGAUCAAGCUACUAAUUCUUCGUUUCAACAUAAUCCUGACAGAAAAUCAUUAAGAGAUCAACCAAAUGUUGGGAAAUAUAAGUUGAUUCGUACACUUGGUCGUGGUAAUUUUGCAAAAGUUAAAUUAGCACAACAUGUUUCAACUGGACGUGAAGUUGCUGUGAAAGUGAUCGAUAAAACUCAGCUUAAUCAGGCCAGUUUGAAAAAACUAUUCCGUGAAGUGAAUAUUAUGAAAAUGUUAAAUCAUCCAAAUAUUGUUCGCUUGUAUGAAGUGAUCGAAUCUGAACGUCAUGUAUAUCUAGUUAUGGAAUAUGCAGAAAAUGGUGAAGUAUUUGAUCAUUUAGUAGCACAUGGUCGAAUGAAAGAACGUGAAGCACGUGCUGCAUUUCGUCAAAUUGUAUCAGCAGUUGAAUAUUGUCAUCAAAAAAAAAUUGUACAUCGAGAUUUAAAGGCUGAGAAUCUUCUCUUUGAUGGAUAUUAUAAUAUUAAACUUGCUGAUUUUGGUUUCUCCAAUCUUUUUGAUGGAUCUAAAAAAUUAGAUACAUUUUGUGGUAGUCCACCAUAUGCUGCACCAGAAUUAUUUCAAGGACGUAAAUAUGAUGGUCCAGAAGUGGAUGUAUGGUCAUUAGGUGUAAUUUUAUAUACACUUGUUAGUGGAUCAUUACCAUUUGAUGCACAACAUUUAAAAGAUUUACAAGAACGUGUAUUACGUGGCAAAUAUCGUGUUCCAUUCUAUAUGUCAACUGAUUGUGAAGCAUUACUUCGUAAACUGUUGGUAUUGAAUCCAGCCAAAAGAGUCACAUUAAGGAAUGUCAUGUCUGAUAAAUGGUUAAAUAUUGGCUAUGAAGAUAAUAUUUUAAAACCAUAUACUGAACCACCACCAGAUUAUAAUGAUACAGAGAGAUUAGAAAUUAUGCGUAUUAUGGGUUAUCGUCCGGAUGAUGUUCGUGAAGCAUUAAUUAAACAAAGUUUUAAUAAUGUCACUGCAAUAUAUCUAUUAUUAGCUGAUCCUAAAACAAGAUUAACUUUACCAGCUGGUAGUCUUUUUCCAUCUAAUCCAUCCCAAUCAUUAAAUGAGAAUACAGGACUUAAUCAUCAUCCUCAUCAUCAUCAUCAUUCAUCUGGUUCUGAUGGUGUUACAAUUGCUGCCUCGUCAACUCCUGUUACUGUUACAGAAGAUGAAACUACUACAUCAUCGAAAGUUCAAUCGUCUUUAGAUAAUCCUAAUGAGAAUAAUAAUAAUAAACAAAAAACUAAUCAAAAUGGAUUAACAUACCAGAAUAAAAAAGAAUCUGGACAAGACACUAGUGGAUCUCAAUAUAAUGGAGUACGACGGGUCAGUGGUAUCUCUUGGAUGAAGCAAAGUGCAAGUGCUGGUCCAACAUCUAAUAGACAAGAGAAAUUGAGUGUAGAUGAAAAAUCUCGUCUACUUCCACGUAUUCGUGUAUCUGACCUACGCGAACGUGGUAAUGACUCAAAUCUGGAUGAUUCUACUGGUCAAGAGAAAAUCGAUGAAAGUAAAGAUAUAAUGAUGGAAUCUUCUAAUGGUGGUGAUCAAUUAUCUGUACGACGUAUGAAUACUUUUAGUAUGUCAGAUAAGGUUCGUCCAAAUGGUUCGGAUUCUCAGUCACCUAGUCUGAAAUGUCCAUUGUCUAGAGCACCACCAAUGUCAAAUAUACCAAACUCACUAACUACUCCAACAACUAGUAGUAGUGAAAAUUCACCGAUCAAACAGUCAGCUGACAAGUCUUCGUCGUCAGCAUCAUCUUCAUCAUCGUCGCCCAGUAAGCAGAAUGGUAAUGAACAACAAACAAUUAAAUUAAAUCAAGCUGUUCCAUAUUCAGAAGAAAAUCCCUUCAUCGGAUGGUUACGAAGAACACUUCCAUAUCGAAAAAAGCAUAAAGAUACUUCAAUUCAUUCCAAGCCUAAUACAACAACUUUACCCAUUACUACCAAUAAUGAUACUACUACUACUACUAUUAUUAAUAGUAGUAGUAAAGUUUCUUCGAAUGAUACUAAUUCUAUCAUUGAUAUUUUACAUACAAAUGAUCGAUUAAAGCAUCCACAAAAUGAUGUCAAUCGUCCAAGUAUUCCUUAUUCAUUAUUUAAUAAUAAUAAUAAUAAAAGUAAAAAAUCAAAAAAAUUAUCAAUCAAUCAAUCAGAUAAUCAUCAUGAUCAGAAGAAGAAUAAUAAUAAUGUGAAUACGAAACUAUCGGAAUCAUUCACUUUUACCGAUAGUCAUUCAUCCACAUUAGAUCCAACAUCUUCAUCGGGUACAAUGAAUUCUACGAAAAUCACACAACAGCAGCAGCAACAACAAAAUAAUAAACAAUCUUCAUCACCUAGUGGUGGUCGAAUCGCUGCAUUACCUGAUUCAAUUUUCAAAGCACUUGAUACAUUAAAAAUAAAUGAGAAGACAAUGAAUGAUGAUCGAAAAAAAUCUGAUUCAAAAUCAUAUGGUUUCAAAUUACCCACAACAACAACAACAGUAGCAGCAGCAGCAACAUCGUUAAAAAGAGAUUCAGUUAUUAAAUGGUCAGUACGUCAUCGACCAAAUAAUAUUAUAAUGACUACAACUACUGGUGAAUCAAAACCGGUGAUAACAAACAAGAAAAAUUUAGAUCCAAAUCAAAAUAUUGAUUGUUCUACAGAAUUAAAGAAUUCUUCAGAUUCUUCAAUGACGAUAGAAAUUCCAUCAACUACAAUUUCAAAGAAUGGAUCAUCUAGUCAUUCUCGACCAGGACGAUUCUUUCGUAGUUUAACAUUAAGGAUAGCUCGAAGUUUUCGAUGUGGUCGUUUUAAGUCAGGUCAUACAACUCAUCAUAAUAAUCGAAUUAUAUCUAAUAUACAAAAAUCCAAUUAUAAAUAUACUAAUAACACUAACUUUAAACCAUAUAGAAUGAGUUUAUUAAAACCAAAUAAUAAUAAUAAUAAGAAUAAUAAUAAGAAUAAUACUAAUGAAGCUCAAUUCACUGAAGAAUUUCAUUCAUCUAAUCGAUUACAUUCUACUUCAUUAACUCAUUCUACAUUAUCAUCAUCACCAACAAAAACAACAACAUCUAGUAAUCAUCCAUCUACAACACAACACCAACAACAAGAACAUCAUCAUCAUCAUGAUAAUGAUGAAGUAAAGGGUGGUGGUGGUGGUGGUGAUGAUGAUGAUGAUGAUGAUGACACAAUGAAAUGUCUUGUAUCAAUUAAUCCAGAUCCAUGGAUAACUAUGGAAUCUGGAAAACAACAACAACAACGUAAGGAUUUAAUAUCAAAAUCUAAACGAUCAUUAUCCAGUGAAUUAGAUACUAAUAAAUUAAAACAACAUUCUAAUUCUCCUCUUCAUCAUUAUCCAUAUUAUCAUGGAUUUGAGUUUCCCACCAAUAAUAGUAAUAAUAAUAAUAAUACACCGGCUAAUAAUCAGUCUAUUGUUGCUGGUUGUGGUGGUGGUGGUGGUGGUUAUCAAAAAAAGACCGGAGUCGAACCAUGUUGCCUCCUCGACCCUCCAAUCUCGAGAACUGUAGUCAUAACUUCCGACAUGCAUAAAUUAAAAGCUUCAACUAUCACAACUCCAUCAUGUAUAAUAUCAUUAUCAUCCUCCUCCUCGUCAUCAACAACAACAAGAACAACAACAACUUCAUCUCCAUUAACAGUUAAAACAGAUUUUACAACAAGAUUAAUCAAUUGGAAACCAACUACCUCAUCAUCACAAUUUAAAUCAACUAAUGAUCAUUAUAAUUUUUAUUAUGAAAAUAAUGAAAAUCAAAAAUUAUGGAAACCGCGUCGUUUAUAUUUUGUAUUACGUCUCCCUAUUAUUGGAACUGAUCCACAUCAUUUACUAAUACAAAUUAUUGAAUUAAUAAAACAUUAUCAAUGUUCUUAUGAAUUUCUUAGUUCAUAUCGUAUACGUUGUACAAAAUUAAUGAAUCCAUCUUCUGAUUCUGCUUCUUCUUCUUCUUCUCCUCCUCCUCCUCCUCCUCCUCCUCCUCCUCCUCUUCGUUCCUCUCCUUGUUCAAAUGAUCAUAACAUUAUUAAAGAUGUGGAUAUUGAUCAACCAUUAGAACAUGGUACAGUAACAACAUGUCAACAACAACAGCAACACCACCAUCCCCAGCAACAACAACAACAACAACAGUCUGAAUUAUCUUAUUCAAUUCAUUUAAAUAAUAAAAUGAAUUUAAUUAUAUGGGAUAUGGAAAUAUUUCAAUUAGCUAAACCAAUUCAAUAUGGUGUAAGAUUUAAACGCAUUUCAGGCAAUCGUAAUACAUUCAAUUCUAUUAUGAAAUAUUUUAUUUUACAUACUACUAAUAAAACAAUUUAA